AAAGUAUGUGAACCCUUGGAUUUAAUAACUGGUUGACCCUCCUUUGGAAGCAUAACCUCCACCAAACGUUUUCUGUAGUUGCGGAUCAGACCUGCACAACGGUCAGGAGGAAUUUUGGACCAUUUCUCCUUACAAAACUGUUUCAGUUCCACAAUAUUCUUGGGAUGUCUGGUGUGAACCGCUCUCUUGAGGUCUUGCCACAGCAUCUCAAUCGGGUUGAGGUCAGGUCUGACUGGGCCACUACAGAAGGCGUAUUUUCUUCAGUUGAAGCCAUUCUGUUGUUGAAUUACUUCUGCCUUUUUGGUUGUUGUCCUGUUGCAUCACCUAACUUCUGUUGAGCUUCAAUUGGCAGACAGAUGGCCUUACAUUCUCCUGCAAAACGUCUUGAUAAACUUGGGAAUACAUUUUUCUGUCGAUUAUAGCAAGCUGCCCAGGCCCUGAGUGUCAUUACACACACCUGGUUCCAAUUCCUUACUGAUUGUGUUUGUAUAAAUAUGCCCUUUGUUUCCCCAUUGGGCUUUCAAUUAUUGUUCCCAUGUCCGUUGGUGGUGUGAGUACCUAUACGGUGUGUCAUUCUGUGCUGCAUGUUUUGUGUAUUACGGGUCUCGUCCCGUGUCGUUCUACAAGGUUUAUCAUUGCUCUUUUGUUUGGGUACAUCCCAGUGUUUUGUACAAGUGUUUGUUUUGGGUGUAUUUAACUCCGAUGUAUUCCUGCGCCUCUCUCAAUCCUUUACACAAGCGUGACAAUGAUCCCUCCACCAUAGUUUACAGUUGGGAUGAGGUUUUGGUGUUGGUGUGCUGUGCCUUUUUUUUCUACAUGGUUCCUUCUAAACCUCUCAACUGGAGUUUCAUCUGUCCACAGAAUAUUUUGCCAGUAGUGCUGUGGAACAUCCAGGUGUGAACUUCAGAGGUGCAGCAAUGGUUUUUUUUGGACAGCAGUGGCUUUUUCCAUGGUGUCCUCCCAUGAGCACCAUUCUUGGUCAUUGGCUUGCCUCUGGUUACCUUGGGCCUUGUUUUCUGGCACAUGUGUGAGUGCUGCUUCACCUGUCUCAAAAGAACAAACAACCGCUGCCAUCUUAAUCAACCAUAUUAUGAAAGGUUGUAUGAAGAAAUUCUUUCAGAGGAGGUGAACAAUCAUUUGAAGAAUGAACUGCAGGAAAUUGCGAAAGAGAGGGCCGAGAGGAUCUGUCUUCGGCCCCUUCAGUUCAUCAGGAGAGGGGAUCCUGGGAAUUCAUGGCAAGAUAUUUCAAACUCUGAUUUCUUUUUGUCAGACCAAUAUCAGGAGUCAGUGGGCACAGAAGAGUCAUCUCAUUCAAUAGGUUACUGAAGACUCAGCCCAGUGCGUGUUAUGAUUUUUAAAAGAUAUAAAAAAUAAUAAAAAAUGAAUUUUCCGGAUGUUGAACAUAUGUCUUCUACAUACAUGGAAUAACAUUCAUUUUCAGUUCUAAAUUAAAUUUGAAAUGACGUCUUCUACAGACAUUGAAAAUACAUGUUUGUUGGCUAAUUUCUUUCUAUAGCCAAAUUUCAAUCGUACAUAGUUUUUCCCUUUAAAUAUGACAUAUUACUGAAGAAAGCCUUAUGUCACGCUCAAAAGUUUUAUUUUCAAUAACAUAAUGAAUAUUGCAGUAUAGAAUAUUUUAUUAUUCACAUUUAUCACUCGCACUUAUGUUAGUCUUUUCGAAAGCUUCAGGACUGAAGGUAAUCAUAUUCAACAUUUCCUGACACAACCAACAGAACAUACACUACCACAACAUUCUCAGUAACAGUUACAAAAACGUUUUACUUGCUAUGAUUCUGAUAUGUGGUUGAAUGCACUGACUCUGGAUAAGAAUGUAUGCUGAAUUACCUAAAUGUAGAAAUGAACACUUGUGAUUGCGACCCCAUCCUCAGUAGCCUUUUCCAGUGUUUACUUCUUACGUUGUUACAAGUUACAUAAACUUUCCUUCUUAAUUCACUCAGUAACGUUAUGGGAAAAGGAUUAUAGACAUCUGUUUCACAAGUUUGGACAGAACAGACCAGUAUAGCACAAUAUAGUACAUUAUACUGUACUCUACUCAACUAUACUCUACUUUACUUUAAUGUACUGCACUGUCCAAACUUGUGAAACAUAUGUCUAUGAUAAUGUUAUGUACUGUGCUCUGCUCUGCUCUGCUGUACUGUGCUGUCCAAACCUGUGAAAUGGAGGUCUAUGAAUGCUUCAGAUCUGGACCAAAUAUGAACCAAUCAUAGACCUCUGUUUUGGCUAAAUAAAAGCCAGCCUGGACCAGACCAAAUCUGAACCGAAUAGGGGCCAAAUCAAGGCCUGUCCUAACCGUACCAAAAAUAUGACGUCUGUGAACGUUGGCCAAAUCAAGGCCAGGGUGGAACAACCAAAUUCCAACUACUUUUCAAUGUCCAUGGACGUCCGGCAUCGGUUGGUGCUCAGUGGGAGAAGAGUGUAAGGGUUUUAUUCAAAAAGAUACUUAGUCAGGUUCUUCUUUAUUAGCAUUUCUUGUGCUGCAAUAACCAUUCUGAUUCAAGCUUAAUAAACUGUUUAUACAGCAUUAAAGAGAAACUUUAAUCAAUACAUAAUUGUAGAGUAAAUACAGCCACUUAGAGGAGAUAAAUAGCUAAUGUGUUAAAACAGGUAAUGUAGGAACAGAAGUGCCAAGGUCAAGUGUUGCUGUCCGUCUUUAUUCAUGUGACACACUAAUAACCGUGUUAUAUAUUAUUAGAAAGGCUCUCAAGGUGUUUGGGAAAAUUGUUAUAUGACCAAUACUGUAGCAUGCUACUCUGCUUAUUCCGCUACUCUGCUUAUUCCGCUACUCUGCUUAUUCCGCUGCUCUGCUUAUUCCGCUGCUCUGCUUAUUCCGCUGCUCUGCUUAUUCCGCUGCUCUGCUUAUUCCGCUGCUCUGCUUAUUCCGCUGCUCUGCUUAUUCCGCUGCUCUGCUUAUUCCGCUGCUCUGCUUAUUCCGCUGCUCUGCUUAUUCCGCUACUCUGCUUAUUCCGCUACUCUGCUUAUUCCGCUGCUCUGCUUAUUCCGCUGCUCUGCUUAUUCCGCUGCUCUGCUUAUUCCGCUACUCUGCUUAUUCCGCUGCUCUGCUUAUUCCGCUACUCUGCUUAUUCCGCUACUCUGCUUAUUCCGCUGCUCUGCUUAUUCCGCUACUCUGCUUAUUCCGCUGCUCUGCUUAUUCCGCUGCUCUGCUUAUUCCGCUGCUCUGCUUAUUCCGCUACUCUGCUUAUUCCGCUGCUCUGCUUAUUCCGCUGCUCUGCUUAUUCCGCUGCUCUGCUUAUUCCGCUGCUCUGCUUAUUCCGCUGCUCUGCUUAUUCCGCUGCUCUGCUUAUUCCGCUGCUCUGCUUAUUCCGCUACUCUGCUUAUUCCGCUACUCUGCUUAUUCCGCUGCUCUGCUUAUUCCGCUGCUCUGCUUAUUCCGCUACUCUGCUUAUUCCGCUGCUCUGCUUAUUCCGCUACUCUGCUUAUUCCGCUGCUCUGCUUAUUCCGCUGCUCUGCUUAUUCCGCUACUCUGCUUAUUCCGCUACUCUGCUUAUUCCGCUGCUCUGCUUAUUCCGCUACUCUGCUUAUUCCGCUACUCUGCUUAUUCCGCUGCUCUGCUUAUUCACCACUGGUGAUUAUUUCAAAGAUGUCAAUGACAUUACAUUUAGACAACACUGUCACUGAUGUAAAACCUACUGGCUAGAAAAAGUAUGUGAACCCGUUGGAAUUGCCUGGAUUUCUGCAUAAAUUGGUCCUAAAAUUUGAUCUGAUCUUUUUCUAAGUCACAACAAUAGAAAAACAGUGUGCUUAAACUAAUAAGCCACUGCUGUCCAAAAAAAACAUUGCUGCACAUCUGAAGUUCGCAAAAGGGCACCUGGAUGUUCCAUAGUGCAACUGGCAAAAUAUUCUGUGGGCAGAUGAAACUUAAGUUGAGUUGUUUUUAAGGAACACUAUGUAAAGUAUGGUGGAGGGAGCAUCAUGGUCUGGGGCUGCUUUGCUGCCUCAGGGCCUGCACAGCUUGCUAUCAUCAACGGAAACUUGGGAAUACAUUUUUACAAGACAUUUUGUAGGAGAAUGUAAGGUGGUCUGUCUGCCAAUUGAAACUCAACAGAAGUUGGGUGAUGCAACAGGACAACAACCCAAAACACAGAAGUAAAUCAACAACAGAAUGGCUUCAACAGAAGAAAAUACGCCUCCUGGAGUGGCCCAGUCAGUCCUGACCUCAAACCGAUUGAGAUGCUGUGGUAUGACCUCGAGCGGUUCACACCAGACAUCCCAAGAAUAUUGCUGAACUGAAACCGUAUUCGACAGAGGAACAGUCCAAAAUUACUCCUGAUCGUUGUGCAGGUCUGUUCCGCAACUACAGAAAAUAUUUGGUUGAAGUUAUUGCUGUCAAAGGAGGGUCAACCAGUUAUUAAAUCCAAGGGUUCACAUGCUUUUCCUACCCUGCACUAUGAAUGUUUACAUGGCGUCUUUAUUAAACACAUGAAAACGUA